CAUUCAACCUGUUUAUGGAGCACAGCAUCCUCCGCUGGAUCCCCGGCUCACCAAAAACUUCAGUAAGGACCGCUCCAAGACCAACGCCCUGCCUGUGAAGAGCAAGAAGGCCUCCAGCUUUCAUGAGUUUGCCCGCAACACCAGCGACGCCUGGGACAUCGGUGAUGACGAAGAUGAGGAUUUCUCUUCCUCCUCUUCUUCUUUGCAAACCCUGAACUCUAAAGUGGCCAAGGCCACAGCAGCCCAGGUUCUGGAGAACCACAGCAAGCUGCGGGUGAAGCCCGAGCGGGCCCAGCCUGCGCUCGGUGAGGUGCCCACCAACUGCAAGGUCAUCAAGUCCAGCAGCGAGGCCCAGCUCUCCAGGACGUCUGGUAAGAGCCAUCUUCAGGAGCAGCCCCUCCAGAAGCAGCAGUCCCUGCCCCUGCGGCCCCUCAUCCCGCUCGUCGCCCGCAUCUCUGACCAAAACGCUUCGGGGGCUCCCCCCAUGACAGUGAGGGAGAAAACCCGCCUGGAGAAGUUCCGGCAGCUCCUUGCCAGCCACAACACGGACCUGGAUGAGCUGAGGAAAUGCAGCUGGCCUGGCGUGCCCAGAGAGGUCCGGCCCGUGACCUGGCGCCUCCUCUCAGGCUAUCUCCCCGCCAACACGGAGCGGCGCAAGCUGACGCUGCAGCGCAAGCGGGAGGAGUACUUCGGCUUCAUCCAGCAGUACUACGACUCCCGGAACGAGGAGCACCACCAGGACACCUACCGGCAGAUCCACAUUGACAUUCCAAGGACCAACCCCCUCAUCAGGUCCCUGCUUUCCCUCCUCCUUCCCUAGAUCUUUGAACGAAUCCUGUUUAUCUGGGCCAUCCGACACCCAGCCAGUGGCUACGUGCAGGGAAUCAAUGACCUGGUCACUCCGUUCUUCGUUGUUUUCCUCUCCGAGUAUGUUG